AUGAAUACAAAUACACCAGAAACAAUCAAAGCGACAAAAUCAAAUAGUUCUAGUUCCACAAUUUUUUAUUUCACUGUUGAGAAAAUUGAUUUUAGCAAUCCAAUAAAAAUGCUCAAAUUUAAGACUCAAUUAGCCAAUAAAAUCGCUAAAAAAUGA